AUGGCUCUUAUUCGCAGUGUCUACGACCCCUUCACCGAGUUCGGGCGCUUCUUCGACGAUGCCUUCCUCACCCGUUUCUCGGGUGGAAGCGCCAACGCGAACCGUGACGUUUCUGCUCGACAGCCUUUCCGUCCCAAGGUAGAUAUCCACGAGGACGCGAACAACACCGUCACCGCGACCUUCGAGUUGCCCGGACUUAAGAAGGAUGACGUGAGCAUCCAGCUGCACAACAACCGUCUCACCGUCUCCGGCGAAACAAACGUCUCCUCUGAGCGCGAGGAGGACGGGUUCGCGGUGCGCGAGCGAUCGUUUGGCCAAUUCGAACGUACGCUCAGGCUUGCAGAGGGCACCAAGGAGGAGGAUAUCAAAGCGAACAUGCAAGAUGGCCUCCUUACCAUCACGUUCCCGAAGGCGCCGGCCGAACAAGCGCCGAAGCGUAUUGCUGUCUUGUGA